AUGGGGAAGCACCAGCAGGGCAGAGGCAGCAGCAGAAGAGAUGCAUCAGCAAUGAAGCAGCAGCAGCGCCGGGGCAGCAGCAGCAGCAGGGCAACAAAAGCAAAGGCGCAGCAGCAGGAAAGGCGCAGCAGCAGCAAAGCAGCAGGGACGUGCUGCAGCAGCGCGCCGAAGCAGCAGCAAGAGAAGCGCACGAAAAGCCCAGGAGGAAGAAGCAGCAGCAGCAAAGCAGCAGCAGCAAAGCAGCAGCAGCAAAGAAGCAGCAGCAGCAAAGCAGCAGCAGCAAAGACGGAAAAGCAAACGCAGCAAGACACUUUGCUGCCUCACAAUCUCAGCAGCAAUUGCUGCAGCAGCACGAAAGUCCCGCAGAUUAAAAGCAGCAGCAGCAGACAAGCAAUUGGCAAUGUGCUGCGGCUUCAUGUCCCCAGCUCGCUGAAUGCGUCUGAUGCCUUCCGAGGGCUCAGGGGAGGCUGCAUUAGGCUGCACAAGAGAGUCAAUAAACAGCAACAGCAGCAGCAGAAACAGCUAAGACAGUGCAGCAGCAGCAGCAGCAACAGCAGCAACAACAGCAGCAAAAGCAGUGGCAGCAGCAACAGCAUCAGCAGCAACAGCAGCAAAGCCAAGCAGCAAAUGAGCAGCUGUGUUUACUCCUCCUGCGUAAUACUGGAGCAGGAGCCAGAGCAGCAAGGUCCUGCUGCACGGCAGCAGCAACCAGCAGCAGCAGCAGCAGCAGCAGCAGCAGCAGCAGCAGCAGCAGCAGCAGCAGCAGCAGCAGCAACUUGCCCUCAAGAGCAUUUCGGCGAAAUGCGGCAGCAACUCGUUGGCUGGAUAUCCCAGGCGGGCAAAUGCGUUCAGCAGCAAAGCUGCUUGGAGCCCGUCAAAGCCCUGCAGCAGCAGCAGCAGCAGCAGCAGCAGCAGCAGCAGCAGCAGCAGCAGCAGCAGCAGCAAGCACAGCCACAGCAGCAGCAGCGAUGCCCGUUCACGUGA